AUGAAAACACACGUAGAAGUCACAUCAUCAAGAAGAAAAUAAAGAAAAGCUCAUUUCGGUUCUCCUUCCCAUUUAAGACAAUAAUUAAUGUCUGCUCAUCUUUCAGCUGAUUUGAGAAAAAAAUAUAAUGUAAGAUCAUUACCAAUUAGAAAAGAUGAUGAAGUUAUAAUUGUUAGAGGUAAAUUUAAAGGAAAUAAAGGUAAAGUUACUUAAGUUUAUAGAAAAAAAUGGGCUGUUCAUGUUGAAAAAGUGUCUAAAAAUAAACUUAACGGUGCUCCAUACUAAAUUCCCUUAUCUGCUUCAUAAUUAGUUAUUACUAAAGUGAAAUUAGAUAAAAAUAGAGAAGACCUUUUAAAAAGAAAGGCAGCUGGUAUUGCAAAAUAAAAAGGAUAAAAAUAUACAGUAGCUUGAUUUAUUUUUUAAAUAUAUUUUAUUUAAAAAUUUAAUUUUUUUUU